GUUGAUAGUUGCCCCUCCACCCCUCUUUUCCUAGCCGUCACGAUCCCUCGGUAGUACUCCACAUUGAUUCUGCUAGAGAUUUUCGUUCAAGCGACCUCGGAGAUCGCUUCCUCAAAUUUGCGUCGACUCAAGGCACAUCCACCAAAAUACAUGCCUCAAACCUCAAUAUGACGACCCCCAUCGGCGAAACCUCCCUCCAGACCCUCCUCUCGACCCUAACCACCGUCCUUCACCCAGAAACCUACGUCUUCGUAACUUUGUCGCCGGACGCAACACUACCACCCCUCUCUGAGAUUCAACUUCUGUUCCGAGAGUCUGAGGGCGUCACUCUGAUCACUACUCGCGAGACUGCAACUGCUCACGGAUGGGACUAUGCCUUCCCUUCAAAGAUGAUUACCCUCAAUGUACACUCGAGCCUUGAGGCUGUGGGGUUCAUGGCUGUUAUUGCGACGAGGCUGGCAGACAAGGGGAUGGGGGUUAAUCCUGUUAGCGGGUAUUAUCAUGAUCAUUUGUUUGUUCCUGUUGGUAGGGAGAAGGAGGCGGUGACAGAGUUGGAGAGGCUUGCUCUUGAAAACCAGAACCGGGGUUUGUGAUAGUUGUGAAGUAGAAUGAGCCAAUGCCAAAAAUGCGCAGGCUAUCCCAUCUAUCGCGGCAUACCGUCAAGAUCAAAGCAUGUAUUUGAGGAAGGGGAGUAACUAAUUGAAGAAUAAUCCGAUCUUAUAUCCGAUAUUCCUACGAAUGAUUAUUCAAAAACCUUCCCGAAAUAAAGAGAAACUGGACUUAAAUGUACCGACG